AUGCCUGCCAGACGCAGACCUGCCGAAUCGCAAGGUUCUCCAAGUACUAAUGCACAAAAUAGUACUUAUAGUUCACCUCGCAGCACGAGAAGUAAAAGCAAUUCGCGAAAAAAUGGGAUCAAUGAUAAUGAUAACGGAGAAAUUCCUUACAUUAGUUCACCCAAAUAUACGGCUUAUUUAAGAGAACGUAAUUUAGACUUUUCAAGAGAAGAAGCUUUUCUUCGAGCUAUGCAGGAUUCUGAUUUUUGGGCGGGGACAUUUGCUCCACCCGUUGAACCGCCGUAUCCGUCUUACGAUUACCCUAAUGAAGAAGGCAACACCGCUUUUCCUGAAUCAAUUAUACCUGAAACUGAUAAUAAUGUAGUUAACACUCGUGAAAUCAGUAGUACAAAUGAUAACAGGCCUAAGAUCAGUAUACGUUGGAAUCCGUUAAAGCCUGUGAUAAACUUUUUAGUUGGUUCAUUGGCAUUCAUACUCAAUGUCAUUGGAUCAAUAUUCUUUUAUAUAUAUUGGGUUAUUAAAGAAACUCCGAAUUUU